UCUUUUUUCCCCUUGAGUCAGCUUAAUGUCUUUCCUUUAGCGGUUUCUUAAGAAACCGGGAAUUGGAGUCCCGCUCUUUGUGUGGGGAGAGGGGAAAAGAGCCAAGGCUGAGCAAUUUUUUGAGGGGAAUGAAGUAAGCCGCCGGUAGGAAUGCCGAGGAAGCAAAGUAUCCCCCUUUGGUUGUACUGUUAGAUGAAAUGGAGAAGGUGACUGUAGAUGUGCUUAUAGAAAAUCAAAAUAUAGAAUCCUCAAAGCAAGACUCCAACGAUGAAGCUGACGUUAAAGCACUGAAUGACUCUGAACUACGGGAACAGCUUUCUGAGUACGGGAUCAGUCCUGGACCAAUAUUACCUUCUACAAGGACUGUUUAUGAAAAAAGGUUGCUGCAGUUCAUGAAGGAAUGCCCAGCAGUAGCAGCUAGACAGAAGAAAGAUGAUUGUGUUUCUGAUAAGGGAAAAGAUGCAGAACAAGGAAGAACCACAGAAGUAGUCCUUGAAACAACCAACCUCAAAGUGACAACUGAAUGUGUUUCUGGGGUUGAUAACAAAUCGGACAUUGAUGUGGAGGAACGACAGAAGAAAUUGUUGUCACCUGAGGUUGAAUACAGUUUAGCCAAAAUAGUGGCAGAGUUACAGGAAAUAUUGCCAGAGGGUAAAGUGGCAGCUUAUCGGUCACAAGGACAAAGGAGGAAAGCUAGCUGCAGUCCUGACAGAAAUCACAGACAAAUGAAAGGUGAUAUACCACAUGAAGACUAUGGCUAUCCUGAAGCCAGUGUGGGACAAAGUACUAGAAGAAGAACCAUAAAGGAGAAUCCCUCGUCAGUGAAGAAAGUUCCUGAAACCAAAUCCCCCGUGGUGCCUGAGCAAUCAGAAGAAGGAUUUAUACCAAUGCGCGUAAAGAUUGCUGUAUUUGCCAUCUUUGUUUUUAUUCUUUUUGUAUAUGUAACUAUGGAAACUAAUCUAGAUAAUCCAUACAUUGCCUUCAUCGUUGGAAAAUAAGUGUAACCCAGGCCUAUAUGGACAAGACCAAAGAAGGCUCUCUCCUUAACUAUGUGUGAAUGAUUUGGGUAGUUAAUUAAAAAGC